AGCGUAUUCGCCAGUGCGGACGCGCUGCGUGUAGGAUCCGUGAGAGCGGUCGUGUUGGACACAGACACACUCUAACCUUUCUGUUUGAGAGUCUACUAUGUGCCCAUGGAGAUGUUAUUGCUUUUAUUAAUGAGUUAAUAUGAUUGGCUGAGAUUCAGGAGCAGGACUACACCUCAACUUCCCCCUGCUCCUCUCCAGCGAACCACAGCUCGACUCAGCCACACCUUCAAUUACCCAGAAGCCCUAUUUAUAAGGGCCAACAACACCGUCUGUCUUCUCUCUCUCAACUCGUUCCCACCCCACGUCUCUCUUGUUCAUCCUUCAGCCUGAAGACAUCAUUUACAAAGGAGAGGGUCCUGAAUCUGAAUCCUGGUGGCUGGGCUGACCACAUGAGACAGACUCUCCUCCCGGCCAUCACAUCUAUCCUUCGUCAAUAAAUAUCUACAUUCCAUUGUUGUGGCAUGGUCCUGCUUGUUUCCAUGAAGUUUUAUCUACAUGGAAAUGAGCAGGACCAUGGGACUCCACCAGGACAAGUUACAGGUGGUGCUGCUCAGCCUGUGCAUGCUCCCCGUGCUCCGGAGGCUUGGCUUGAGGGUGAUGUCCAUGGCAUCCGAAGUGUACUCUCCGGGCACGCACUCUGCGGCCUUCAUCACCUGCCCCAACCACACAGUGGCGCUGGAGCUGGCACGGGGCAUCGUCCAGAGGAAACUAGCUGCCUGCGUGAACAUUGUCCCAGCCAUCAAAUCAGUAUAUGAAUGGCAGGGGAAGAUCGAGGAGGAUGACGAGGUUCUGCUGAUGAUCAAAACCAGAAGCUCCAAGGUUCCUUCUCUAGCUGAGUUUGUCCGGUCUAACCAUCCAUACGAGGUGGCGGAGGUCAUCAGUGUGCCCAUUGAGCAGGGCAACCCACCCUAUCUCAAGUGGAUCGGAGAGGUAGUGCCGGAAGAACCAGCUACAACCGCCAACUGAAACAUGUUUACAAACCGUGGACACCAUGAAGAGACGGGGAGGGCAUCUGACAUACAGGGACAUUUCAGAACAUGUUUGUUGAGGACUUAACUACGGGGUUAGCAGCUUUUAUACAAAAUAAGACCACAUGGACACACAGGAAGGGCAUCCAUCAUCCUUUUGUCUGAAAUGUGUGAUGCUAGAAUUGUACUCUUAUUAAGUUUAAACAAAGUAAUGUGAAUGUAAAACUGAAUAAAAACAACACAUAUUUGUCCA